CUAGCAGACGACGUUUACACGUCGUAAUGGAAUAUUACGUUGUUCAAUGUCGUUCACUGAUAAAUACAAUUACGUCAUACAGAAAUAAUGUUAAAAAUUUGACGAGUUGACUAUUCACGUAUAGUCUCGACUCUUCUAUGACGGUUUGCGUCUCUCAGAGAUCCGGUUCACAAUUAAUCAGUCUUUAUUGGGUGCCAUAUAAAAUUUAAAUCGUUGGCCCAUAAAAUCGUUUCAUGUUCGUUUUGAUCUAAGUGGAAGAAGAAGCUGGGUCUUCCACUUACAUAACUUUUCUUUUUGACUAGUUUACUGAAAGUGCAAUGGAAAUAGACCAGUCAUCAGUCAUUGCUCAGGUUUCUCCUGGGACUGUAUCACAAGUUGAUAAGAGUUGGUGGAGCCCAAGCAAUUUCAUACAGUGGUGCCCUACAUCAAUGUCUCUCCUUCAGAUAGCAGAACGUAGGAUUCUUAAAGUAAUCAAGACACCAUUUGAGGGGAAAUAUGUCAAUGUUGGCAAGUGUGUUGGAGGUGUUGAGAACAAAAUAUGGACCUUGGUGCUAAACAAGAAUGCAGAAAAAACACCAUUAGUUUUGCUUCAUGGCUUUGCUUCGGGUGUUGCAUUGUGGUGUCUUAACCUUGAUACCCUUGCAUGGAAUAGGCCUGUAUAUGCCAUGGACCUUUUAGGUUUUGGUUCCAGCAGUAGACCAAAUUUCAGUAGCAAUGCUUUAGAAGCAGAAUCCCAAAUGGUAAAAUCUAUUGAAGAAUGGAGAAAGCAAGUUGGACUGGAAAAAUUUGUUUUGCUUGGUCAUAGUAUGGGAGGCUUCCUUGCCUCCGCUUACGCUCUACAACAUCCAGACCGUGUUACGCACGUUAUCCUGGCAGAUCCGUGGGGAUUUCCCGAUCGGCCUUCUGGUAAUGAUGCCAAUACCCGUAUUCGAAUUCCUUUUUGGGUUAAGGGAAUCGCAUAUCUACUUCAGCCUUUCAACCCACUUUGGCUAAUCCGGGUGUCAGGACCUCUAGGACCUCGUAUAGUGCAGCGUGCUCGUCCCGACAUAUUUCGAAAAUAUACCGAAGCGGUCGAGGAUGCCGAUGUAGCCAUUUCGGAAUACAUUUAUCAUUGCAAUGCACAAAAUCCGACAGGGGAAGCGUGCUUUCAUGCUAUGAUGGCGAGUUUUGGAUGGGCCAAAUAUCCCAUGCUGCAUCGAAUCUCGGCCCUGAGAUCAGAUGUUCCUCUGACAUUUAUCUAUGGAGCGAGGUCGUGGGUCGAUAGACAUCCAGGCCAGAUUAUUAAAGAAAACAGAAAAGAGUCGUCGGUUGAAAUGCACGUUAUUGGCGGGGCUGGUCAUCACGUGUACGCAGACAAAAAGGACGAGUUUCAUCGUCUUGUGUUGGCAGCCUGCCAAUCAGCGGAUAGUUUGUCCGUCACGAGGAAUGUAAUGGUCGAAGAGAAAUCUACUGAAGCUGAAGAGCGGGUGCACGAGUUGCAAACAGAAAUUAGUCAUACGGUCUUAGGAGCGAUGCAAGUAACCGAAACACUUGAAAGACCUUGAAACCCAUAGAAAUGGAUAUGAAAAGAAUUGCCUGUGUUGAAAGCAAACUUUGCAUACCAAACAUAUGUAAAUUCUGUUCGAAUGUGUGCACUUUCGAGUUAGUGAACUCACAAGAAUGUAGGGUGCUCCGUUCAACAACAUUUCUUUCCUUCGUUUUUGUUAUUCGUGCUGUAUACGAGAGAAUAAAGAAUAUAAUUAAUUGCUUUCAAAAAAGGAAA